UGCAGUCAUCCACCGAAAUAUUUAAAUAUUAAUUUGUCUUUAAUCACAGGCACAUUCAAUUUCUGGAUGGAUACAAUACAUUGUUAUGGAAGCAUAAACGACAAAACUGAAGCUGUAAUGCUCGAAGGAGCUCACAACCUUCUAGACCCACCAGUUAUUGCAAUUGGUACACACAAGGACAAAUUUCAGGACGAAGAACAAUGCAGAAAACGUCUCGAAUCCUACACUGAUAAAAUAUUUAAAGAUUCCAAGCUUCACCUGAGAUCAAUUCACCUGAUAUCCAACACAGAGGAUGAAGAAGAUGCUUUUGCAAAAUUGAGGAAUGAUAUAUUUUCCACAGCAAAGAGUAGCGCAAAUUGGAAUCGAGAAUACCCUGUUAAAUUUAUUCAGAUGGAAAAGGCCAUCAACUCUGAACUUACGAUCGGAAAACAAAUAAUUUCUUUUGAAAGAUUAAAAGAACUAGGUGAGAAAAUACCACUUCCGAUAACUGAUGACAAGGAGCUUCAUCUCUUUCUCAGGUAUCAACAUGAAAUUGGUAACGUGAUAUUUUUUGAAGACAUUCCGUCAUACAUCAUACUUGAUCCCCAAUGGUUAGCAAAUGCCUUUACAUGCAUUGUUACAGCCCAGCAGUUUCAACUGGAAUUACCACACUUACAAUGGGACAACUUCAAACAAACAGGAAAGAUGGAUCCUAAGCUAUUAGAAGAAAUAUUCAAGAAACAAACAGCAGACAUGAGAAUUCAUAAAGAACAUAUACUGGAAGUAAUCGAAAAGUUUGACAUUAUCAUCUAUCCAUUGCUACUGACGGAAAGUGGAAAUGUACAAAGGGAGCAUAGUUUUUACGUUCCAUGCAUGCUUCAAACAUUAAAAAUUAAGGAUAUUGAUGUAUUGUUUAACGUUCCAAAUGCUAGCAAAUCUACAUGUUUGUGUUUUGUCUUUAGUUUUUUACCGCCGUAUCUAAUCAGCAAUCUGAUUGUCUCUUGUCUACGAGAGUAUCCUUUAGCAGUGGUAAAGGGCGAGAUAGGUCUCUUCAAGGAUUGUUGUGUAUUCAAUAUUGACAGAACUGGCUGUGCAAAAUUUGUAUUAGCAAAGUGUAGUCAUAUGAUUCAGCUGCAAGUAUGGCAAUGGAAUGAAGUAGAUACAAAGAUUAACCAAGAUGUUUUAAAAAUUGUCGAAAGAGAAAUCAACAGAAUUAUCAACAUGCGAUACAAGUUGAAAACGGUUUCUUUCGAGAAAAAAUGGAAGUGUGAGACCACCAGUUUCUCCUUUGACACAGGAUUCCUUGAAUUUGAUCAAGUACAUGAUGGGGAAAAUUAUUAUUGUGAAGAACAUGCGACAACUCAUAAAUAUAAAGACUAUUGGUCUGGUGAGAAACCAAAGGCUUCCCGUAGAAUAAGUAGUGAUCAACAGAAUUACGUCAGAAUGUCAAUGAUAGUUCUAGAGGUAUUAUCAGGAGUUUUAUACGAUCGCUUAUACAUAGAUACAAAGACUGGAGAAAUACUUGAUCGUGAUAAGUUGGACAUAACAGAAAUGUGUAAGAAAUAUUGUGCUUUAAAAAUAAACUUUCCAAGUAAAGGCUUUAGGAAAAUAGAAAAGGUUGACGAGAUUUCUACCAUUGAAGAUACUAUUGGUGACGACAUUCAACGAAUACGUGUGAUCAGAAAUGAAAUGCAGCAUUCUUCUGUCUUUGCAUUAGAUGACACACGAUACCAAACACUAAUCACUAUAGUUCAUGAUAUGCUAACUAGAUUUGACCAGCGUAACAAUCCAGCAGUUGAAUCCUAUGUAAAACGAUUUGACGAAAUCAGGAAAAUGGAAUUAGAGACAAGGAGUUUUGAAGAGAUAAAAGAACGAAUGAAAGCAGGAUUGAUAGAACAGAUUCAUGCAGUUUUCGAUAGUGUGUAUUGAGGACAAAUUUGAUUUCCUACAAUUUUACAGAUGAAUAAGUAAAUAAAAGUAAAAAAGUUUCAAUAAAAAAAACAAAGUCCAAUGUAUAGCCAGUCAUUAAAAAAUAAGAGUAAAUGUUGUUUGUAUAGAUAUAUACAUAGUAUACAUGAUUGUAAUUGUAUUUAAUUGACCUGUAAACUAUAUAUACAUACGCACUAUAUAAUUGUAAAUAUCAUAUAUCAGCUCAUAAUUCAAGCAUACAAAUUAACAAGCAGAUGUUAUAGUGUUGAUAAGACUAUGUACUAAUUGUAACACUAACGCUAUUAAAGAUGAAUACCAUUUUAUACUUGAAUGUCAAAUAUAUUUUUAAUGAAAUCCCAGAAAAGUAAAUUACACAGAAAUCCAUCUGUAUACCAACUUCUCAAGUUGUUGUCUGUCAGAAAUAUUAGUGACUUAUAUCAUUGUAUAUAAUGUAGGUAUAUUUUCAAAAUAAGCAGAAAAGUUUAAUUGCAUUAUAUAGUAUAUUUGUUCUAACAUAUUUAUUAUACGACCGCAAAUUUUGAAAAAAUUUUCGUCGUAUAUUGCUAUCACGUUGGCGUCGUCGUCGUCGUCGUCGUCGUCCUCGUCGUCGUCGUCCGAAUACUUUUAGUUUUCGCACUCUAACUUUAGUAACAGUGAAUAGAAAUCUAUGAAAUUUUAACACAAGGUUUAUGACCAUAAAAGGAAGGCUGGUAUUGAUUUUGGGAGUUUUGGUCCCAACAUUUUAGGAAUUAGGGGCCAAAAAGGGCCCAAAUAAGCAUUUUCUUGGUUUUCGCACUAUAACUUUAGUUUAAGUUAAUAGAAAUCUAUGAAAUUUUGACACAAGGUUUAUAACCACAAAAUAAAGGUUGGGAUUGAUUUUAGGAGUUUCAUUUUCAACAGUUUAGGAAUUAGGGGCCAAAAAAGGGCCCAAAUAAGCAUUAUUCUUGGUUUUCGCACAAUAACUUUAGUUAAAGUAAAUAGAAAUCAAUGAAAUUUAAACACAAUGUUUAUGACCACAAAAGGAAGGUUGGUUUUGAUUUUUGGAGUUUCGGUCCCAACAGUUUAGGAAUUAGGGGCCAAAAAGGGACCCAAAUAAGCAUUUUUUUUGGUUUUCGCACCAUAGCGUUAGUAUAAGUAAAUAGAAAUCUAUGAAAUUUAAACACAAGGUUUAUGACUAUAAAAGGAAGGUUGGUAUUGAUUUUGGAAGUUUUGGUCCCAACAGUUAAGGAAAAAGGGGCCCAAAGGGUCCAAAAUUAAACUUUGUUUGAUUUCAUCAAAAUUGAAUAAUUGGGGUUCUUUAAUAUGCCGAAUCUAACUGUGUAUGUAGAUUCUUAAUUUUUGGUCCCGUUUUCAAAUUGGUCUACAUUAAGGUCCAAAGGGUCCAAAAUUAAACUUAGUUUGAUUUUAACAAAAAAUGAAACCUUGGGGUUCUUUGAUAUGCUGAAUCUAAAAAUGUACUUAGAUUUUUGAUUAUUGGCCCAGUUUUCAAGUUGGCCCAAAUCGGGGUCCAAAAUUAAACAUUGUUUGAUUCAUCAAAAAUUGAAUAAUUGGGGUUCUUUGAUAUGCCAAAUCUAACUGUGUAUGUAGAUUCUUAAUUUUUGGUCCAGUGUUAAAAUUGGUCUAAAUUAAAGUGCAAAGGGUCCAAAAUUAAACUUAAGUUUGAUUUUAACAAAAAUUAAAUUCUUGGGCCUCUUUGAUAUGCUGAAUCUAAACAUGUACUUAGAUUUUUGAUUAUGGGCCCAGUUUUCAAGUUGGUCCAAAUCAGGAUCUAAAAUUAUUAUAUUAAGUAUUGUGCAAUAGCAAGUCUUUUCAAUUGCACAGUAUUGUGCAAUGGCAAGAAAUAUCUAAUUUCACAAUAUUGUGAAAUAGCAAAUUUUUUUUUAAUUAAGAGUUAUCUUUCUUUGUCCAGUAUAGUAAGCAAGAAAUAUCUGCAAGAAUUUUUUUAAUUGGAGUUAUCUUUCUUUGUCCAGAAUCAACUUAAAUCUUUGUUAUAUACAAUAUACAAUGUAUAUUCACUUUUUACUACCAACUGAUAAAUUUAAAUAAUCUUUACCAUUCAGUGAUAACAAGCAGUUUUUUUUACAUCAUGUAUUUAAAUGAGUAGUAAUUGUUGCAAACUCCAUUAGAAUAUUUUAAUUGAAAUUAGUUUUGGAAUAAGGGAAAGGGGGAUGUGAAUAAAAAAUUGGGUUAAAUUUUUCUCAUUUGAAAUUUCAUAAAUAAAAAGAAAAUUUCUUCAAACAUUUUUUUGAGAGGAUUAAUAUUCAACAGCAUAGUGAAUUGCUCUAAGAGAAAACAAAAAUUUUACGUUCAUUUGAAUACAUUCAUUCUGUGUCAGAAACCUAUGCUGUGUCAACUAUUUAAUCACAAUCCAAAUUUAGAGCGGAAUCCAGCUUGAAUGUUGUGUCCAUACUUGCCCCAACUGUUCAGGGUUCAACCUCUGCGGUCGUAUAAAGCUACGCCCUGCGGAGCAUCUGGUUAAAGUAUAUUACGGAAUACAAAUAUGUCGAGGUAUUGGAUAACACCACAGAAUUGUCAGUAUAUAUUUUGAAAACUGCUGGGGUAUAUACACCAUUUGUAUCCCUAAUUGGAACCUCAAAAACGUUAUCAUAACAACGGUUACUAUGUAACGUAGUCAAAAGCUGUACAGAACACUAAGGAAUGUCAGAGCCUCACAGAGGCAAACUAAUGACGUGCUUCAGUCAAUAGUACAUUUUUAAUACACAAUCACUUAAUUUACACUUUUAAUACUUAAAUUAAAUGUUAAAAGUGUGAUUAUAAAGUAUUACAUACUCGAUAAAAUUAUGUUCACAGCAUAUUUGAAAAUCCUUCACGUAUGUCAAACAUAUAAGGUUGGGUUUUUCAAUAUAUGUGUUGUACAAAAACAAAGCCACACAUACAUACAAACACAACAUAUGGUAUCUAAAAACUUAAUUGAAACUAUUUUUUAACGGGACAAAAAUUAUCAAGAUAUAAAAGGUGCA